AUGUCAUUCCGGUCAUGGCUGCGUGGUUCUUCCACAGCCGAAGCAGGCAGCACAAUCACGCCCAAUGGAAGUUCAAAAUCGGCACCAGAUCCUCGGGAUCUCGAGAUCUCAGAUCUGCAGGACGCCAUGGAAGCGGCGGCAUUGAUCAUGAAUGACGAUAUCGACGGCGCAGAGAGCCGGCUUAAGCUUCGAAAGGACUCGUCUGCCUUUCAUCAGUUGGGAUUGGGUGUCUCGACAUUCAUGAGAUCCAUUCUCGGGUUUGAGAAGGAAAUCAUGGCUGAGGCAGCCUCGAGACUCACGGAGUGUGAGACACGAGCCUGGGCAGACAUGAAGAAGGCGCAGAGGGCAGCAGAAGGUGGCUCUUCGUGGUUCGGGCGAGGAGCUUCGUCUCACGUAUCUGGAAACGCCAGCCAGAUUUAUCCCCCCGGCAGCGAGUUCCAGCUUGUGCACGCGAAUGCACAGUUGAUGAAUGCUGUGGUUGCUGUGAUGCAUGAGAGCUUGACGGAGGGUAUCAAGGGUUUCUACAAAUUGCGGAAGGCUUUCAUCUCGCUGGAUGCUAUCAUGCAGGCUGAGGAGAGGGUGCUAGGAGAAUACAAGUCAUCGGCUACAGGUUCCCGGCCUCAGUCGAAGGACGUCAAGGAAGACGAAAUGCCAGGCUCGUUCGACGAGACCGAGUUUGAUGAUCUCAAGACACCUAAGGCCUCCGAGUUCAACAAGGCGCCUGAAGAUGACAGCGACUUAGAUUUUGUUGAUGCUGCAGAGGGACAGUCUGGCACCCAAACGCCGGCAACUUACGGCGGUCACCUCGCCGAAGCAGAUCCUAAGUCUGCCUCUGCAUCUCGGUCGGACUUACCCUUAGAGAAACCCCUCGAAGAUCUUUCGCUAGACUCUAAAGCAUCUGAUCCAGAUCCUACAUCAAGCCCCGAGUUGACCGCACACUCUCGAACCGUUUCUGUUAGCACAUUGCAAUCCGCACCGGGACACCUAGGCUUCGAUGAUGAACAUGGCCCGUCCUCAGACCUGUUCAAGCAUCCUGUUGACGCAUUCGUGCACUCUGGCGCAAACAUGUGCUUCGGUAUCCUCUUGCUCAUCAUCUCCAUGGUACCACCAGCAUUUAGCCGUCUGCUAUACAUCAUUGGCUUCAAAGGCGAUAGGGACCGCGGCGUGCGAAUGCUGUGGCAGAGUACCAAAUUUGCCAACAUCAACGGUGCAGUAGCCGGCCUGGUCCUUUUAGCAUACUACAAUGGACUGUUGGCAUUUGCUGACGUGAUACCCACCGACGAGGAUAUCGAGGAGCUCGCCGAUAAGACAAUCCCCGGCGGCGAGAUUGUCGGCUAUCCGAGAGAGCGGUGCGCUGCCCUCCUUGCCAGCAUGCGCCAACAGUACCCAGAGUCGCGGCUGUGGAAACUAGAAGAGGCGCGUAUUCUAGCGAACAAGAAAGAACUUGACGAGGCGAUGACGGUGCUGCGCAACAACACCGACUCCAAGAUGCGCCAGGUGACAGCGCUCAACAACUUCGAGCUGAGUAUCAACGCGAUGUUCUGCAUGGACUGGCCGCUCAUGCGUGAGAGUUUUGUGCGGUGUAUCGAGCUGAACGACUGGAGCCAUAGUCUGUACUACUAUAUCGCAGGGUCUGCAGAGGUGGAGAUGUACAGGGACGCAUUCCAUGCUGCGAAGAAGGCGGAUGACGAGAAGGAGCGCGAGACAUUGGAAACAGAGGCCAAGAAGCACAAGAAGGCUGCGGAGGAGUACUUCAAGAAGAGCCCGUCUGUGGCCGGGCGAAAGCGAUUUAUGGCCCGGCAGAUGCCAUUCGAGGUAUUCGUGCUUCGCAAGAUCCAGAAAUUCGAGCAGACCGCUGCUGCUUUAGGCGUGGACCUUGUUGAUGGUAUAGGCGUGAGCCCCGCGAGCGAAAUGACGUGGCUUUGGAACGGAUCCAAGAAAAUGCCACAGCCACUACUUGGAAAGGCGCUCGAGUUUACGAGCUGGGACAGAUGCACUGUGCCCCCGGAGUCUGUAGAGAAGAUGAAGGCUGCUCUGGAUGAUGUGGCUAUCAAAGCUGUGUGUGAGACAGCACUUCUCAGGGGUCUAGGUCGCUUCGCAGAAGCGAGGGCUCUUCUAGAGCCUGUUCUGAAGUCCGAUCCAGCUGCAUUCAAGGGACCUACAAAGGACGACUAUGCUCUCCCCGCAGCGCACUAUGAGAUGGCGGUGGUGGCGUGGAGCGAGGCUUGCGCCAGAGAUCUUUUCCCUAAGGACCCAGCCGCUAUUGAUGAGUACCGCCUGAAAAAGGUGAAUGAAUGCUGGGAAUCUUUGGAUCGUGUGACUAAAUGGGAAAGCUUCAACCUCGAUGCCCGUAUCGGCAUGCGAGUCCAGGCUGGACUUGAUAGCAUCCGGUGGUUGAAGAAAAAGAAGAAGUGGAUUUAG